AACUGUGUUGAAUUCUCAUCCAUCGCAAUGAGCAACAGAUUCCUGGGCACCUGGAAACUCGUCUCCAGUGAGAACUUUGAUGAUUACAUGAAAGCUCUGGGUGUGGGGUUAGCCACCAGAAAACUGGGAAACUUGGCCAAACCCCGAGUGAUCAUCAGCAAGAAAGGGGAUAUUAUAACUAUAAGAACUGAAAGUACGUUUAAAAAUACAGAGAUCUCCUUCAAGUUAGGCCAAGAGUUUGAAGAAACCACAGCUGACAACAGGAAAACAAAGAGCACUGUAACCUUGUCAAGAGGCUCAUUGAAUCAAGUGCAGAAAUGGGAUGACAAAGAGACAACAAUAAAAAGAAAGUUGGUGGAUGGGAAAAUGGUAGUGGAAUGUAAAAUGAAGGGCGUGGUCUGCACCAGAAUUUAUGAGAAGGUCUGA